AGACGACGCGGCAGAGUGAGGUGCAGGUCAUUGAAAUCGCCCAGUCUGCCACAACCGGAUCGAAUAACGUCUAACGAUUUACCGAUUUUUCCGGAUCCUCAAUCGAAUCCGAACAUCAGGAUCAGUAAAAACCGGAUUCCGCCAAAAUGCCCACAACGGAGAUCAAAAGGACCAUCAAACUGGUCACGCAUCAAAGAAUCAGUCAACCCGGCGCCACCCCCGACGAGCUCCCCCUUCGAUCAUGGUCGGUCGAACUGUACGUGCUGCACGAGGGGAGCGGCGAGGAGAUGCCGGCGGUGGUGUUCGACAAGGUGGAAUACAACCUGCACCCGUCGUUCGAGAAGCGGGCGAAGCAGACGUUCAAGAAACCGCCGUUCAAGAUCCAGGAGAAUGGAUGGGGGGAGUUCGAUAUGUUGAUUAAGUUGUAUCAUUCGCAUAAGGGCGGGGAGUCGGAUAUCACACAUGAUCUGAACUUCCAGAGCGAGAGAUAUGAGUCGAAGCACGUGGUGGUCUUCAAGAACCCCAAGCCGGAACUGGUGGCGUUACUGAAGGAAUCGGGCCCGGUGGGCGAGGAGAACGGGGUCCGCGGCAAGAAAGAGGGCGCGGAGCGGCGGAAGAGCAAGAAGGGCGGCAACAUCGACAUGGAGCGCCUCGCAGAGAACCUGCAACGCCUCUCGGAAGACGACCUUCUCAAUGUCGUGCAGAUGGUCCACGACGGCAAGUCCCCCGACACGUACACCAAGAACGACGUCGAGGCCGGCGAGUUCCACGUCGACCUGUACACCCUCCCCGACCUCCUCGUGAAGAGCCUCUGGGAUUUCACCGAGGAGAAACUAAAGUAACUGCACC